CAGGAACAAGAGACAAGCUAUACUAUUCUGAGAGCCAAAGGCACCAAUGUUACCAUCAGCGGCCUCAAACCUGAUACCACCUACGUCUUCCAAAUUCGAGCCCGAACUGCAGCUGGAUAUGGGACAAACAGCCGCAAGUUUGAAUUUGAAACCAGUCCAGAUUCAUUCUCCAUUUCCAGUGAGAAUAGCCAGGUCGUAAUGAUUGCCAUUUCAGCGGCCGUAGCCAUUAUUCUCCUCACAGUUGUGGUGUACGUCUUGAUUGGGAGAUUCUGUGGAUACAAGAAGUCUAAACAUGGCACUGAUGAAAAAAGACUACAUUUUGGGAAUGGCCAUUUAAAACUCCCAGGCCUGAGAACUUACGUAGAUCCGCAUACAUAUGAGGAUCCCAAUCAAGCUGUGCAUGAGUUUGCCAAGGAACUAGAUGCUUCUAAUAUAUCCAUCGAUAAAGUAGUUGGAGCAGGGGAAUUUGGAGAAGUAUGCAGUGGGCGCCUAAAGCUGCCUUCUAAAAAGGAAAUUUCAGUGGCUAUCAAAACCCUGAAAGUUGGCUACACAGAAAAACAGAGAAGGGACUUCCUGGGAGAAGCAAGCAUCAUGGGACAGUUUGACCACCCUAAUAUCAUUCGGUUAGAGGGAGUCGUCACUAAAAGUAAACCAGUUAUGAUUGUUACUGAAUAUAUGGAAAAUGGUUCCUUGGACAGCUUCCUACGGAAACAUGAUGCCCAGUUCACUGUUAUCCAGCUAGUAGGCAUGCUUCGAGGGAUCGCAUCUGGCAUGAAAUAUUUGUCAGAUAUGGGUUAUGUCCAUCGAGAUCUAGCUGCUCGUAAUAUUCUCAUCAAUAGUAACUUGGUAUGCAAAGUCUCAGAUUUUGGUCUCUCUCGUGUACUGGAAGAUGACCCAGAAGCUGCUUACACCACAAGG